AUGGUAUUCACCUUCUACCCGACUAAACCCCGCCUCAUGGGCCACCACCCAUCCCUCUCCAACUACCGCUUGUUUUUUGUCCACCUCUUUCAUCUGACCCCCUUGCACGGCGAUCUGUCUUGCCUGUCGAGCAUUGAGCAAAGAGGGAGCGGACGUCCGGAGCUUUCUGCUCCUGCAUUUUCACCUCGAAUUGGUAUUGGCAGGGGGCCCUCUGUCCGAGAGGAGGCAGCCAUGCGACCACUUGGGUUGUCGACGAGCGAACGGACACACUCACAUUCCAGGCCUCCAGGUCGGGGUCUGCGCGUUGCCGGGGUGUUGUGCGUUUGUGCGUGGAGGGGGGGAGAUGGGGGUGGACAGGGGAGGGAGAGACAAUGA